AUGUUUCCGAGGCCGUCCUCUACCUUGAACAAGGCCGCUCCUUUCACCUACGUCCUUCUAUCUAUCUUUGCAUGCCUCUUAUUGCUAUACUUGAACGGCAUAUACCACCCUGUAUCUGUCCUGCUGACAGGGUUCAACGGAAAAGGUGUAGUGGGACACCACAAUCAAAACAACACCAAUUCUCCUGCCGAUGUGUAUUCCCUGACGACGCCGGAUCGAAAGUUCUUUCCUCUCCGGUUCAGCGAUAAACUGGCUUACAACCCCAAUAUCCUGCCUCAUCCUACGAGGCAGGAUCAAUGGUUGGUCAUUGCCCAACAGGAGAAGUUCCGGCGGGUCGACGAUUGGGACUUGUAUGAACUAACGUGCGCCAUGGAGUUCGUCGACAAUGCUUUGGUGUGCACGGCAACCCCAACUAUUCUGCCUGUCCAACCUGGAGUUAGAGGCGAUUGCGAAACCGAACGGCUUGCGAUGUUCGGAUUACUACAGGGGCCACAUGAUGCCCGCAUGUUUUAUGGCCCUGAUGCGCCCUACAUCAUGUACGGCUCGCGAUCCAAUCACGGCUGCAUGGGCCUCUGGAUUCAGGAUGCACGCAUGCUGAUAUCAGACUUUCAACCUGGCUACAGCGAUUCGACGCAGCCAUUUUACAAUGCGACCGAAGUAGGUCGUCCACCUCCUCAGCACGAUGUGGAGAAGAACUUCUUCCUCUUCUGGGAUGCCCAGGGCGAGUCAUAUGCGCAUGCUGAGCUGCAUGUCGAGCGUGUCUUUGGCAAGCUCUCCAUGUCCGAUGGAACGGUCGGUCUUGACUUGGCGCGGCAGGUCGCAAGUAAGGAUAACUCAUGCUUAACGAGAUACCUGCCAAAGAUUGAGCCUGGUGCGCCCGAGUCAAUUCAUCAAGCGACCAACUCGCUCACCAUCACGCUUUGCAAACGGACUGACGAUGAAUGCGUUCCUACCGAUGACAAUACAUUCAUCAUGACGAUUAUCCAGCAUAAAUCUUACUACAACUUUCAUUCACGUUAUGAGCCAUAUGUGGUGCUAUUUCAGCGCAGGGCACCUUUCGCCCUUUACGCCAUCUCUACAAAACCUAUAUGGAUUCACGGCCGGGGCCGGUUGACCAAAGACACCCAUGCGAAUCGCUACGAGGGUCGGCCUGACGAUAUCCCUCAGGAUCACACUGAAAUGUUUUAUGUUACGAGCAUGAGUUGGAAGGGCCAUGACCAAAAAUACCACGGUUUCAUCGACGACCCUUUGUUCCUCGCCUUUGGAAUCGAGGAUACCAGGGCUGGAGCGAUUGAUAUUCUGGGUGGUGAUUUGCUUCAAGAUUUGGGUUCAUGUACCACAUAG